AUGGACCGACUCGCGAUACGAAGGAUAGCACGAUCGUCCCCUCUCGCCGGGCCUACGGCGGCACGGCACAUGAUCCUCCAGACCCCUCGACAUAACGCGCGCCUCAUCAGCAUGCAGCCCCGCGUCGCCGAGGCGUCCUUCUGGAAGUCGCUGGUCCCGAAGCCGCUGCGCCGGGAGAACAGGACGGGCGGCGAACCGGGCGCGCCGACGAAGGUCAAGUCGAAGGAGUGGAACCCGGCGACGUUCUUCAUCGUCAUCUUCCUGCUGAUCGGCUCCAUGUCGAUCCAGAUGAUCUCGCUGCGCAAGAACUUCGACGCCUUCAUGCGCCGCUCCGACGUGCGCAUCGGGCUGCUGCGGGAGGUCGUCGAGAGAAUCCAGAACGGCGAGACGGUCGACGUCGAAAAGGUUCUCGGGACCGGCGACCCGGAGAAGGAGUCCGAGUGGGAAGAAGUUUUGAACGAGAUCGAGAAGGAUAGCGUGUCGCGAAGCCAGAAGAAACAAGAAAAGGUCAAGGCCCCUGCAACAUCCUCACCAGUCGCAAAGGCUGUCACGGUGGCGGAACCCAGGGCAGAAUCUGCUCCUGUACAGGAGCCAGCAAAGGGACGCACGGCAUACUUCUUCUGA